CGCAAAUCUUACACGCUUCCGUGCAUUCUAUUUUUAGAACGGUGUUUGUAUUACCAAAACGUUUUAAAUAAAAAAGUAAACUAGAUGAAGUGUAUUAAUAGACAGAAUACGCUACGGAAAUCUCUACGUAAAGAGUCGGAGUCAUCACACUGGUAAUCAUAAACGACUGUGAUUGGUCCAUCUCGAGUAGCGAUUAGAUUAUUAACAGCCACAUCGUGACUGAGCCGUUUAUAUGUCGAUUCAGCAGCGGCCUACACAAUUGUUUACCCGAAUAAUAACACGGAGAAACUCAAAUAGAAAUCAUAUAAAGUACGUAGUGACGAGAAAACAUAUUACAACUAUUAUUGAAUCCCAUCAUUGACGAUGAGCAGCGUGAAGCCCCGCCCCCCUUUUCACUCUGUCUGUGUGACAGUGGUGUGCGCGCGUGUCUUAUGUUUAUGAACACGUUGAGAAGAGCGCGCACGCUUUAUUUUCCUCCCGCUGCGGCAAAAAUCACGAUGACAAACUUUAAAUUUAUAGAUAUUGGCAUUAAUCUGACAGAUGCCAUGUUCAGAGGAAUCUACAGAGGAGCUCAGAAACACGAAGAUGAUUUUCCACAGAUCAUUGAGAGAGCACUGAAGGUCGGAGUGCAAAAGUUCAUCAUCACUGGAGGAAACCUGCAGGACAGCAGAGACGCCGUCACGCUCGCACACACCAGAGGUGAGUUUUACAGUACGGUUGGCUGUCACCCGACGCGCUGCACUGAGUUUGAAGAGCAGGACUCAGAUCAGUACCUGACAUCUCUCAGAGAUGUGAUGAUCAGUAACAGACAGAAGGUGGUCGCUGUAGGAGAAUGUGGUCUGGAUUUCGAUCGCUUACAAUUUUGUCCUAAAGAAACUCAACUCAAAUACUUUGAGAAACAGUUUGAUUUGGCGGAAGAGAGUCGAUUACCCAUGUUCCUCCACUGCAGAAACGCCCACCGGGAAUUCUUGGACAUUAUGAAGAGAAACAGAGACAGAUGUGUUGGUGGAGUGGUUCACUCGUUCGACGGGAGCCAGCAGGACGCGGCGGCUUUGAUUGAUCUGGAUCUUUAUAUCGGAAUUAACGGCUGUUCUUUGAAGACUGCAGAAAAUCUGGAGGCGAUGAAGUCCAUUCCGUCAGACAGACUAAUGAUUGAAACGGAUGCUCCGUGGUGUGCCAUCAAAAACACUCAUGCAGGAGCAAAACACGUCCAAACCCUGUUUCCUACUAAGAAGAAAUGGGAGCCGGGACAUUGUCUGAAAGACCGGAAUGAGCCGUGUCACAUUGUUCAAGUCCUAGAAGUGAUGGCCGCUGUGAGAGAUGAAGAUCCACAGGAUUUAGCCGACACCAUUUACAACAACACCAAGAGACUGUUCUUCCACCACAGAACUUAAUCAGAAACCUUUUCUAUUUGAAUAAACAUCACAAUUAUUCAGCUUC